AUGGCAAUGGGAAUUCCUAUAACAUACACCUUCCAGAAGGUGAUUUACAUGGGUGUUGUGCUCUAUGCACCUGCACUGGCAUUGAAUGCAGUGACUGGCUUCGAUUUGUGGGGAGCAGUGUUAACCAUGGGGUUAGUUUGCACACUGUACACAGCACUGGGUGGACUGAAGGCUGUAAUCUGGACAGAUGUGUUUCAGACACUGGUGAUGUUUUCUGGGCAGCUGGCUGUUAUCAUCAUUGGGACAAAGGAGGCAGGAGGAAUCAGUGAAGUGUGGCGAAUUGCCAAAAACAACGGCAAGAUCUCAGGAAUUGACCUGAAUCCUAACCCCUUUGAGCGUCACACUUUCUGGACUCUGAGCUUUGGCGGUGUGUUCAUGAUGCUGGCACUUUACGGGGUGAACCAAGCGCAAGUCCAACGCUACCUCAGCUCACGGACGGAGCAGCAAGCGAUAUUGUCGUGCUAUGUGGUGUUUCCGUGCCAACAGUUAGUUCUGGCUAUGGGAUGCAUUUUGGGCCUUGUUAUGUAUGCUCGCUAUGGAGAAAAUGGCCCCUUACAGCAGGGUUAUGUCAACGCCCCUGAUCAGAUGGUUCUUUACUUUGUCAUGGACAUUCUUCAGCAUUAUCCUGGCUUACCUGGACUCUUCAUUGCCUGCCUGUUCAGCGGAGCACUCAGCACAAUAUCGUCUGCAUUCAAUUCGCUAGCUGCUGUCACCAUGACAGACCUGGUGAAACCUCAGUAUCCACACAUGACAGAGGCUCGAGCCACACUGAUAUCCAAGUGUCUCGCACUGGGCUAUGGGUUGCUGUGUAUCGGAAUGGCAUACGUCGCGUCGCUGAUGGGCUCAGUGCUCCAGGCAGCGUUGAGUAUUUUUGGGAUGGUUGGUGGUCCACUGCUUGGAAUCUUUUGCCUAGGAAUGUUUUUCCCCAUGGCCAACUCUACGGGUGCAAUCACUGGACUGGUAGCAGGAUUGAUAAUGGCAUUCUGGAUUGGAAUUGGCAGUUUUAUCUCCAAACGUGCACCUCUUUCAUUCGUCAAUGCGACCACAAUCCAGAAUAUUAGCACUGCCUUGACAACUAACACCAUGACAACUGUCAACCUGACGACAGUAGCGCCGAACAAUAGCCUCACAGGACUGAAGAAGUUCUACUCUCUCUCCUACCUGUGGUACAGUGGACACAAUGCAGCCACCGUAGUUAUUGUGGGACUGCUGGUCAGUUUCUUAACAGGCCCAGUGAAAGGAGAAGAUGUGAACCCGUCAACGGUUGUUCCAGUUCUGCGUUAUCUGCUCUUUUUCCUGCCAGAACGAUGCAAGGAGAAGCUGAGUUGUGGAGUCCGCUAUCAUCCUGCAGGCAAUGAACCCAGCUUGCAGCAUUCUCUCAUGCCAACCAAAGAGCCAAACGGGAUGAUAAAUAAUGACGUGAUGAGGGGAGAAGAGAAGCAGGAGUUUGGAGCUGAACCGCCAAAGGAAAUGGAAAUCAGGAAAGGGGAUCAGGCGGCAGAGGUCCUGCAAGAGACAUCUUUGUGAGGGUGGAUCCUGAACGGUUAUAUACUCCAUGGGUCAAUGAUGCUGGGAUAUCGCCUGGGAGAGUGAAAUAGUUGUACCAGUUUUUAACCAAGGAAAGCCCACAGCAUAUUAACGUAACCCAUACUUCGUGGAUAGUUGAUGAUCUUGUCAUGCUGUGGUUUGCCUUUGCUACAGUUUGGAGCAUACAUGGGACUAGCCGACUCAUAAAUGGGAAGCAGGCGGUCAGAGAAAGGGGGCUAACUAAUUAACCAUUUACCAAGAUGUCUGUCGGAUUGACAGGCGGUGCCAUGGAUUCCACCCCAAUAGGUAAAUGUUGACUGCAGACCCUUUGUUGACACAUUGCUAUUUUCUGAUGGGAGCCAGUUUAUUCUUCACCAGGUCCGCCAUAUCUCAGCAGUUAGCUUAAAGCUGGCACUUAAGCCAAUUUCGGUUUAGACUCAGGGUCUGGGUGGGCGGAGAAGUGGCCGGGGCAAAUCAGAAGUUUUAAUUCCUCAGGUCUUGGGCUACAUGUUGGGUGAAGUUUUCUUUUGGAGAGAAAGCAGAGUUAAUGUUUAACCCCCAGUCAUUAACAGUACUUUCUCUUUAGUGUUUUAAUGUAAAUCUGUAGUUCGGAUUGCGGUUGGAGUUGUUGGUUGGUUCGCCAAGCUGACUGGUUUCCAUGCAAUCAUUUCAUCUCCCUUCUAGGUGAC